AUGCCUUCCACAUACAACCAGGAAAAGCCGUGGGACACGGACAGUGUCGAUAAGUGGAAGGUCGAUGCCUUCACCUCCAAGGACAAUAUCGGCGGCACGUUUGCCGAGGAGUCAUCAUUUGUGACUCUGUUCCCCAAGUAUCGCGAAGUGUAUUUGAAAGAAGCCUGGCCGCUGGUUACCAAGUCUCUCGAAAAGCAUGGUAUUGCCUGCACAUUGGAUUUGGUGGAAGGGUCAAUGACCGUCAAGACGACCCGAAAAACGUAUGACCCAGCGGCGAUUCUGAACGCGCGUGAUCUCAUCAAGCUCUUGGCUCGAAGUGUUCCGGCCCCGCAGGCAGUCAAGAUCCUCGACGACGGAAUGGCCUGCGAUGUUAUUAAAAUCCGCAACCUGGUCGGUAGCAAAGACAGAUUUGUCAAGAGACGGCAAAGAAUACUGGGGCCCAACGGCUCGACCCUCAAGGCCCUCGAGCUCCUUACCGAGACGUACAUUCUCGUCCACGGAAACACGGUUUGCGCCAUGGGUGGAUACAAGGGCCUCAAAGAGAUCCGAAGAAUCGUCGAGGACUGCAUGGCCAACAUUCACCCCAUCUAUCACAUCAAGGAGCUCAUGAUCAAGCGCGAACUGGCCAAGGAUCCCGAGCUCGCAAACGAGAGCUGGGACCGUUUCCUUCCCAACUUCAAGAAGAAGACGCUCAGCCGCCGCCGUGUUCCCCUCAAGGUCACGGACAAGACCAAGAAGGUGUACACGCCAUUCCCGCCUGCCCCCGAGAAGAGCAAGGUCGACAAGCAAAUCGAGACUGGCGAAUACUUUCUGGGAAAGGAGGCCAAGAGUAGAGCAAUCAAGGAGGAACGCAAGGAGAAGCAGAAGCUACGAAAGGAGGAGAAGACAAAGGAGCGAGAGGCCGAAUACGUGCCACCGGAGGAGGACAGACCGAAGAAGAAGCGGAAGAAGUCGUCUGAUUGA